AUGCCCCCCUCAUCUCGUGCGCCCCUGCAGCGCUCGGAGUCUGGCGGCGGCACAGGCACAGGCACGGGCACGGGCACCCCCGCCUCGUCGUCGGGCGGCGGCCGGCCGAGCAGCAGCGCCGGCGACGCCAGCGGCGACAGCGGCGGCGGCGCGGGGCGCGCGCGGGGGAAGGGGCGGGGCGGGCGCGCGGCGGGGGUGGCCCAGAACCCUGUGCUGCAGCCGGGGGCCAAGCCGCCCAAGAUCCCAAAGCUGCCUAUGGUCAAUUUCCAAGGCCGCUGGUACCGGGCCAAGGUGCUGAAAGAUAUCCAGGGCAGCCCCGGGCGCGUGCUGCUGGAGUACACCGGCUUUGCUUUCGAGGGCGGCCCGGUGUGGCUCGACAAGGCCAGCCCGCGGCUGUGGCGCGGCAGCUACAAGGGCAAAGACUGGCGGUAUCUGGGGGAAGGUGCCUGGGAGCCCAAGGCGACUAAGGCGGGCGCCCACGCCGCCAAGCGCCGCGCCGGCGCCGGCGCCCGCAGCGGCGCCAAGCAGCAGCAGAGCCGCAGCGGCGCGGCCGGCACCGACAGCGACGCGCCCCCGCCGCCUCCGCCGCCGCCGGCGCCCGUGUCCAUGGCGGAGGGCGCGGAGCGGCGCAGGCAGCAGCGGGGCGGGGAGGGCGCGGGCAAGGGCGCAGGCGUGGCCGCGGGGGCGCGGCCUGCGGCGUCGUCAGAGGGGCCGCGCGGCGGCGAUGAGGGGCAGGGCCCGUUGGUCGCGGUCAAAAACGAGCCUCGAGCGGAGGAACGCGAGCAGCAGCAGCAGCAGCAGCAGCAGCAGGAGCAGGAGCAGCAGCAGCUACAGCAGCAGCAGGAGCAGCAGCAAGAGGAGCAAACCGAUGUGAAGCCGAUCGGCGCGAACGGGGAUGCGGCCGACGGCCCCGUCGCCGACGCUGCACCGACAACCGCCCAAGCCGCCGCCGCCGUUGACGGCGGCGAAGGGCGCGAGGGCGCGGCGGCGUCGGGGUCGGAGGCAGAGGCCGAGCAGCGGCGCCCCGCCAAGCCGAAAGGCAGGGGCGCGGCGUCAAAGGACGGCCGCAGGGGCCGCGACGCCGCGGCGGCGCAGAAGCGGCGGCCGCGCAAGCAGCAGCGGCGCGAGCCCGCCGCGGCGCCGCGCGACGCCGACGGGCGCGGCGGCGGCGGCGGCCAGGGGGGCGAGGCGGCCGUUGUUGACGGCGGGGCGCUUCCAGCGGCGCCUGAUGCGUGUGAGGCGACACCAGCUGCGGAGGAGCAGCAGGAGGAGGCGUGUCAGACGCAGGGUCCCGAGGGCGAGCCCGACGGCGGGCCGGAGGCGGGCGCGGCGCCGAUGGAGCUCGAAAUCGAGCGGAAAGAGGAGCCGUUGCUGCAGCAGCCUGCGGAGGCGCCGGGCUCGCCGCGGGUGCCGCAGGCGCUGCCGGAGGAGGUGCAGCCGCAGCAGGCGCCUCCGGAAGCUGAUCAGACAAAGGUGGAGGAGGCGCAAGCGGCCCCGUAA